AUGGCCGGGCUCGUUCCCGUGCCGGGCCUGCUGGGGCCAUGGCACGACGCUGGGCACGAGUUGGCGCCGCCUGAAUUUCUGUCGCCAUUUUUGUCCGGCGAGCCCACCUUCGAGCAGCAGAGGCCAUUCCCUUUUUCCUCCCUGAGCAAGCGGUCGGUUUCCUUUUCAGUGAACAACCCAGAUUGUGAAGUUUCAGCCGGCGACUUCAGCGAGGUCGGCCGUCGCCAUCAACGGGAAGCACUCCGCCAUCGCUGGAGGUGCGGCCUCAGUCCGAUAGCCACAUCAAAUCCCGACCGAUCAGCCCUUAUUCGCCGAGAAACCCAGCGGAGAUGUGUCUGUUCACGUCGAGAAUUUACCCAUCCAGUGUCGGCAGUUCCCCCACGCGACGGUUCCUUCACCGCCGGUCUUCGUCCGCAACAGUCGUCCCUUCACGUCAGCAGCGCCGUCGUCAUUUCAAGCUGGCGACCAUCCUUUUUCCUUCCAACGAGCAGUAGCGGCCCUCUUAUUCAGUACCGGUGGGAGAUUUCGAGCAGCGGGUCUCGUCUUUCUUCACCAUUGCCGACCCAGGCCGAGGAGCAACAAGUUCCGACGAUUUUUCCUCAGCCGUGCGAACACAGCAGUUUCCGUUCCCUUCGCGUCCUGUCGGAGAGGGGAAUUCGCCGGUCAUCAUCGAGCAGCCUCCAUCGCCACCGGAGAAGCAUCUCUAUUCGAUUUUAUUUUUACAGAAGCCGCGCGUGGCUAGCUAUAAGCCGCUCUCAGCCCGGCGACCUUGGAGCAUAG